ACUACACCACACUACAAGAUUUGUCUAUAAAUGGAAACACCGGAAAGGUUUUAAGAUAACUUAUCCAUAUUAAAGAAAACUAGACAAGUAUAUAUAUAAAAGAAAAAGAAAAAAAUGCUUGGUGCACUUUUCGGAAAUAACGGGCACAGAAACGGCCGCAAGGAUCGCAGAAGCAAGACCUACCGAUGUGAUGACUCUGACUCAGACUCUGACUGUGAUGCUACACCUGAGCACAGGGUUUCAAGGUUCGUUGGUGAUGUGGCAGAACAUGUGGUGCGACCUUUUGAAAUGGCAACAAAGAUGGUGGUGAACCCAGUCCAUAACUUGCUCUUCUCUCCUCCUCCCAAGCAGGGAAAGAAGGGUAGGCAGGGGCAGCACCACAGUGGGCAGAGGAUGCAGCACCAUGGCACACAUGGGAUGAAGCACCAAGACAGGUUUAUGGCUCCUCAAGUUCCACCACCUUAAGGGACUCUUAAGUGCACCCCAAAUAAUCUGCUGGUUCAAAUAAAAUGUGAUGUAUCCUAGUAACAAAUAAGAUGGAUGUGUAUGAUGAACAUCUUUGUACGUCCUAAAACCGAACAUGGGACUUUUAUAAAAAGGUCUUCUCGUUUGAUGAACUAACUAAUUACCAAGGAGUGUUGUUGUUGCUGUUUGUAUUCAAUAAAGUGAUGUAUUAUUAGUUACGCCCAUGCACGUGAAGGAUUGCACAAAAUAUUAGUUUAAGAAAUAUUAUGGUGUAACAAAAAACCAUCGAUUGCCAGCAGAAUCGGGUGCAUGUGAGAGCUAGGGAGGGGGAUAGCUGACCAAUCUUUUAUUUUUGUAAGUGACUCCUAUAAAAUUCAAACCUACGUCACUUCAGUUAAAAUUUUUUUCUUUUUUUUUUUUUU